AACCGUCAAAUCGUAAAUGAAUAUCCUCUGUGAAAAAAAAAAUUUACGUAACCGAGGUAGUAGUGGGAUAACUGUCGUUGCAUCCAAAAUGCGUGCGAUCUCAUCUGCACCAUGAUCAAAUCAAAGCCGUGUGGAGAUGUGGCAAAGUAGAGUAAUUGCGUAAGACGCGAUGCAGAGGAGACAGUUACGGUCAAAAUACACAGUACUUGGGAGAGGCAGAAUAGUUCUGUUUCAGUCUCUUUCAAUUUUUUUAGUGUGAGAGGGAGAGAUUAAGAGAGGGAAAGGAGCAUUGAAUUUGACACUUCUCUCUGAAAACUCUUUGAAUUUUAGGGUUUUAUUGAUCUCUCAAAUUUCAGGAUAUGGACUCGUUUGAGCCAGAUGGAAAUGGGGCAGCACAAGACUUGUUGCAUCCUCCCCUGCCUGUGCCUCCAGAUGUGAAACCAAUCAAAGCAGAAUUUGAACCUGCAAAGAAGAAGGUUGCAAUAGUCCCAAUGGCCAGGCAUGGUCUUGGAUCUAAAGGGCCGAAGAUAUCUAUUCUCACCAAUCACUUCAAAGUGAAUGUUGGAAAUGUUGAUGGACACUUCUUCCAUUACAGUGUUUCACUUUCUUAUGAAGAUGGCCGCCCAGUUGAUGGCAAGGGUGUUGGAAGAAAAGUGAUUGACAGGGUGCAUGAGACCUACCGCAGUGAGCUGGCUGGAAAGGACUUUGCAUAUGAUGGGGAGAAGAGUUUAUUUACUGUUGGUCCUCUUCCAAAUAACAAGCUUGAGUUUACUGUUGUACUUGAGGAUGUUACUUCUAACCGGAAUGCAAGCCCUGAUGGCCAUGAUAGCCCAAAUGAGCAUGACAGGAAGAGAUUAAGACGGCCGUAUCAGUCAAAGACGUUUAAAGUGGAGAUUAGCUUUGCCGCAAAGAUUCCCAUGCAAGCCAUUCAAAAUGCUCUGCGUGGACAGGAAUCUGAAAACUCACAAGAGGCCCUGAGGGUGUUGGAUAUUAUUUUACGGCAGCAUGCUGCAAAACAGGGAUGCCUACUUGUUCGCCAGUCUUUCUUCCAAAAUAAUCCAAACAAUUUUACAGACAUUGGAGGUGGUGUCCUAGGCUGCAGGGGUUUCCAUUCGAGUUUCAGAACCACUCAAGGAGGGCUUUCACUGAAUAUUGAUGUAUCAACUACUUUGAUAAUCCGACCUGGUCCGGUAGUGGAUUUUUUACUUGCCAAUCAGAAUGUGAGAGAGCCUGGUUCCCUGGACUGGAACAAGGCUAAACGACUGCUUAAGAAUCUGAGGAUAAAGGUCAGUCCAUCCAAUCAGGAGUACAAGAUUACUGGAUUGAGCGACCAAUUCUGCAAAGAUCAGUUGUUUUCAUUGAAGCAGAAAAGUAUGAAGAAUGAGAAUGGUGAAGCUGAGACUCUGGAGAUUACUGUUUAUGACUAUUUUGUCAACCAUCGUAACAUACAGUUGCGUUAUUCUGCUAAGAUGCCAUGCAUUAAUGUUGGCAAGCCAAAGCGGCCAACAUAUAUUCCUAUGGAGCUCUGUUCUUUGGUGUCCUUGCAACGUUACACAAAAGCACUAUCCACUUUCCAAAGAGCUUCACUGGUUGAAAAAUCAAGGCAGAAGCCUCAAGAAAGAAUGAGUGUCUUGUCUAAUGCUUUACAGAGCAGUAAUUAUGGUGCUGAACCAAUGCUGCGUUCAUGUGGUGUUUCUAUCAGCUCUAAUUUCACCCAAGUGGAAGGUCGAGUUCUGCCAACUCCACGGUUAAAAGUGGGCAAUGGUGAAGAUUUCUUUCCACGAAAUGGGCGAUGGAAUUUUAACAAUAAGAAAUUAGUGGAGCCAGCUAGGAUUGAACGAUGGGCUGUUGUAAACUUCUCGACACGUUGUGAUAUAAAUAGCCUUGUGCGGGAUCUGAUUAGAUGUGGAGAGAUGAAAGGGAUUCAUAUAGAUCCUCCAUUUGACGUGUUUGAAGAGAGGAAUCAAAACAGACGUUCCCCUCCUUUGGCUAGAGUGGAGAACAUGUUCGAGGAGAUCCAAUCUAAACUUCCUGGAGCUCCACAAUUCCUUCUUUGUCUGCUGCCUGACAGGAAAAAUUCUGAUCUUUAUGGUCCUUGGAAGCGAAAGAAUCUUGCUGAGUUUGGCAUUGUUACUCAGUGCAUGGCUCCAACUAGGGUCAAUGAUCAGUACCUUACAAAUGUGCUUCUCAAGAUCAAUGCAAAGCUUGGAGGUUUGAAUUCAAUGUUAGCAAUUGAACGGACUCCUUCAAUCCCUAUUGUUUCAAAGGUUCCAACUAUGAUCCUUGGCAUGGAUGUGUCACAUGGCUCUCCUGGGCAGUCUGAUGUCCCGUCAAUUGCUGCGGUGGUCAGCUCCAGGCAGUGGCCUUUGAUUUCCCGCUAUAGGGCAUCUGUGCGUACACAGUCACCUAAGCUUGAAAUGAUAGAUUCACUAUUCAAACGAGUGUCUGACAAAGAGGAUGAAGGUAUCAUGAGGGAGGUGCUCUUGGACUUUUAUACAAGUUCAGGAAAGAGAAAGCCUGAUCAAAUCAUCAUAUUCAGGGAUGGGGUUAGUGAGUCACAGUUCAAUCAAGUUUUGAAUGUUGAACUGGAUCAAGUUAUUGAGGCUUGCAAGUUUCUUGAUGAGAACUGGAACCCCAAGUUUGCGGUCAUUGUAGCACAGAAAAACCAUCAUACAAAGUUUUUCCAGGAGGGAUCUCCUGACAAUGUACCACCAGGAACUGUGAUAGACAACAAAAUCUGUCAUCCGAAGAACAAUGACUUUUAUCUUUGUGCACAUGCUGGAAUGAUUGGAACCACAAGGCCUACUCAUUAUCAUGUUCUGUUAGAUCAGAUAGGGGUUUCAGCUGAUGAUCUGCAGGAACUUGUCCAUUCUCUGUCAUAUGUGUAUCAAAAGAGCACCACUGCUAUAUCAGUAGUUGCUCCUAUCUGCUAUGCACAUUUGGCAGCUUCACAGAUGGGAACGUUUAUGAAGUUUGAAGAGGCUUCGGAGACAUCCUCAAGUCAUGGUGGGGUAACUGCUCAUGGAGCUGUUCCUGUCCCUCAGCUCCCCAGAUUGAGGGAGAAUGUCUGCAAUUCCAUGUUCUUCUGCUGAGACCUUUAAGCCAUGUUUUGUCUAGGCUUUUGGAUUUUUACCAACUGAAACUCUUUAAAGUAUAUUUUAAUUUUAAAGUUUAGAUGUAGGCCUAUCCCAGCCUUUUCUGAUGAUGUGCUGUUCUCUGAAUCAUCAUCCAUUUUGAUUAUAACUUAUAGGGUGCUAGGGCCCCUAAUAUAUCUAAACAUAUCAAUGGUUUGAGACUAGCUAACGUCCAGUGGCUUUUGUCUGUUUGGUUUGGAUUUCAUGUGAUUGAAAUGGUUACCUUUACUCUCUUGUUCACUCUGGCGAAAACCAGUGCAUAGGUUCGGGUAGCAGCAACUUCAGCAGUUUGUACGAGGUGGAUUACCGUGGUGUCUUAAUUCACUUACCCAAUAUGAAGCAGUUCCUUCAAAAUUCAGCUGAAGAGUUAGAUAAUAGCCAAAAAAAAAAAAAAAAACUUCGAGAUUUUCUUGCUUUUGAGUGUAUAUGUUGAGGGAGGAGUUUGUCGGUUUUGGUAGGAAAAAAACUUGAAUAAUCAGAAUGGUUAUGGUGAUGCAGAGCUUUGAUGGUAGUAGGCAAGGAAUCAUUUUUCAGCAGAAAAGGUGGGAAAAAUCUUGGACAAUGAUGGCUACUCUCAUCCCUUCGAAGCAGUAGCCUCGGCCGCUUAUAUGAAGUGAUGUUCUUGAUGAAGUUUUCGCCAAUGCAAGUUUAGCUUGUCUUGUUAACUAGUAGAACAGUGUAUAGCUGCUUGUUGAAUCCGAAAUCUGAACUCAACAAAAUGAAAUUCAGAACUGUCGAUGUAACUCAACUUUAGACCAAGAAUGCUAAGCUGCAGAAGUAGAGAACAAUAAAAGACUUUCCAGGAAGAUAAAUGUUGAGCAACAAAGAGAAUUUACAGAGCUAAUCAGUGAAGUUACAUUUGGUUUCCAAGUACAAAUUCCUCCAACUCUGUGUAGAAUUGGCUGACUGCUCUGUGUGUUCAGAACUGUUAUCAUCAGCAGCACCAGACAGGCAAGUAUUAUCUUCAAACCUUUGAUUUUCGCCAUUCUUUCUCCAACCAAAACUUUGUCUCUCUUAAUGGCUAUUUCUUGCUAACAAGGCUAAUGAGCUACCAACACAUGCAAUUCACAUUCAUAUCUAUAAUCAUAGAACUCUUUAAGAGUUUGUAGGAAGAAACUUGGUGCCUCUUAUAUUCACAAAAUUUCCAUGGUCAAUAAUCACCCUUACUAUUGUUUUCAAACAGAUACUUACGGUGAAUUAUGUGUGAUUAGUGUUUAUUCUGAUUCUAGAACAUCUGCUGUGGAUACUAAUCAAAGAUUUAAAGAAUGUUAGAAAACAUGUGAAGAAUUUAGCUGAUAUAGAAGAACAUGGAUGGGAUGUUAUUCCACUCUUUCUCCCACAACAGUUUGAAGUCCGUUUCAGUAUGAAAAUUAGAGGCUAUUCCUUGAUAAUAAGGCUAAUGAACUACUACCACUCCAGCACCUGCAUUUCAGAUUGAUAUCCCUAAUGGAAGACCUUUAAGUUUCAGGUGUUAUUGUAGUUAAACCAUCAAAAUAAAUGUAAACAACUGCUUAUAUAUAUAUAUGUAUAUGUAUAUGUAUAUGUAUAUAUUCCUCUAAAUGUAAUUCCAUUUCAUCUGACUAAUAAUAGUUUUUGGAAAGAAAAUCAAGAACACCACGGUGGCCAGCAGAGGCUGAAAACUUUGGCUCCAAGAAUUUGAUGGAGGACUACUUUUCCCUGGAGAGGGUGCCGGAGAUGGUGAGAUAUCUUCAACAUUGCCAGCAACUUUCAUUCCAUGUAAGCAGAAGCCUCUGCCCGUGAUGAAGUAACAUCGCCUUUCUUCUUUCAGUUCAAGCACAUCUCGCCCACCUCAUGUUAUAUUUGUCAUGAAAAUUUUCUCAUUACAUUUCUAUUAGCUGGUUUUGUUCACUUCCAGAACACCAUAGAGGUUCUUGUCAAAUCAAAAUUUGCUAAACGUAUUCUCACUAAAUUCUUCUUCAAGUAAAAGUACUGUAAAAACACAUUUUCUUAUUACUGGUUAGCAUUUUUCCCUUCCUACUUUUUGUAAAUUUUCAUGUGCUAAUGGACAUGAUCAAUGGAUGUUGUGGGACAAUAGUGUAUCAGAUUAGGAUACGAUUUCGGAGUUAUUAAGAACUUGUUGACUUGAAUGACCUGAUGAAAUUUAUUUAUUUAUUAGAGAUAAAAUUAAUUUGUAGAUUGCAUGACAGGUGCAAAAAUAUAAGGAGUUAGCCAAAUCUGCUGGUUGAUUCUGAUAGACAUCUUCUAGAAACCCAUAGUUUGGUAAAAGAAUCUCUGUUAGAUUACCAUGUUAGAAAAAAGAAAAAAAAGAUUAAAUGAAGGAUUACUUCACGUUAACACAGGUUAUUCCAUGCUAUCACGUCAUUUUCAUUUAAAUUGUGUUUUAUGCUGUCACGACGUAUCCUACGUCCAUUUAAAUUGUCACGUCAACAUAUAUUAACAUGAAAACAUAUGCUGAGAUUGUAUCUGUCAUAGGUAAUAUUUGUCUAGAAAGAAAGAAAAGAGAGACCAAGAAAUCUAUUAAGGAGGGAUGGACCUCCCAUAAUCUUCGUUUCAUCUCAGAAAAGCUACGUUGAACAUACCGAGCAGCCAAUGUAAACAAUUCCAGAAGUAGGCCAUGGACUCAACUCAAGCUGUCUAAAUACAGCUAAUAGCCAUUUAUAAUUAAAAU